AUGCCUCGUCCCACACCUUGCCGCGCAGAUUUUCUGCCGCAAGAACUUUCAGAGGGCGGCCUUUCUCCGCGGGAAUGCGCCGCUACACACCCAGCUGAGGUGGAUGUACACCCGGCGAGCUGCGCCAUGGAGGCGGCGCCUCGGAGGACGAGCAGCCACGAAGAGGGCCCGUUGCGUGUCGGACCUCGCCCGCGGGCAGGCUCUGGAAGUUCCGGUUGCUCUUUUGCGAGUUCCUUCUCUUUGAGGAUUCCCAGAGGAGCUGCGGGUGGAUUGGAGGACCGGGAAGAACCGGCGGGAAGCGCGAUGCAGAGAGGACAGCUUGAACACGGGACCGUCGUUCACCAGGAACAAACGGUGUUUCCGGAGGUGCGACGAGAACGAGAGGAAGUCGCCUUCCGGAGCGAGCAGACGUACGAGGACAGCGACACUAUCAGUCCGUCUGUGUCGCCCCACACGGAUCAGCAGAUGUACAGAGAAACCGAUGCAGGCGAAAGGCGAGGCCCUGUCGAUGAGACGCCGUUCUGCCACGAGUGCUCUUGUGAGCCGAACGAGGCUGAAGAGCCGCUGCAUGCAGACAGAUGUGAUCUGUGCGAGGGAACGCAGGAUGAGUUGGAGGCGUCUUUGUGUCCCCCCCGAGGCGUUUGUCUCUCUCCGGACGAUGCGUACGUCUCGCCCGAUCUGUCUUCUGUGCGUGUCUCGCACGACCCUGACCGGGUCGUUUCUGCCCCUGUUCCACAAGAAGAGUUCCGAUCUCCCCGUCCCGACUUAACAUAUGGAGCCGCCCCUUUGUACGCUUCGCCCUCUACGUACCAAUCCGACGCUGUUCUCGACGCGCUUCGCCCGGUCGGUGCGAGCCUCGACGCACCCUCGGAAAAUGGCGCGCGUUUCUUGGAGCGCGACGCGAGUGUCCCCGGCGAAUUUGUACCCGAAGCCGAUCUUUUUCCGUCUCCCGCCGACUUGCCUGUCUCACCACACAUGCACGAUCCCGACGGCCGGGGCUUCCCGCCUCAGCCCCGCUGGGGCCCGCUGUGUCCCGGGUCAGCUGUGUCGUCCACGCGCGUCUCGGGUGUCUCUUCCUCGUCGCUGGCCGCCCGCGCCGCCGCUCGCAGGCGCGAACAGCAGCUGCAACUUUGGCAGCGACUGCAAGAAGUAAGGCGCGAGAAGAAGGAAGUCUUUCAUUUGCUUCGACAGCUGGACGGGAAAGCCGGCGGGGCGGGGCUCGCCGGCCUACGGCGGGGCGAUCGGCGCGGGCGCUCGAGCCCUCAGGCGCCAGCAGGCGCUUCGGGCAGUUUGGGGGGUUUCCGAGGCCAGAGCCGAAGCGUUCCAGCUACCGAGGACCGAUGGCGGGAGAAGCGGGAGGAGCAAUCUGUUUGGAAGGACGCCUGCCUUCCUGUUCAGGAGCCUCACCCGUUUGUCAGGAGAGCGAGCGCGAGUUUCCUGGAGUCCCGAGGCAGCUGGGGCGCGACCCUGUCGGGGACGCCGCCUGCAGAGCGGCGCUGCGCUCGCUAUGACUCGGUGAGAGGCGCUCGAGUGGAGACGCGUCGAGAAGGCGCGUCUGCCGUUUCCACGCCUUCCGCCGCAGCGGUGCGAGACUUGAAGGAACUCUUGUUCCCCCGCAAGACGAAAAAGAAGCCGUGGGACGACUCCAUGAGUGACCUGUCGCGGUACCGUGCGACGCCCUCCGAACUGCUUUCGCGCCGACUGAGGAGCACCUCGCCGCACGCAGCCGUUGCGGCCGCGGAGUAUCGAAUGAAGCUCUACUUGAUGGAGCGAGACGCUCGGCCGUUCAUCGAAGACUUCAAGCAGGACUGCCCAGGGGCGCUGAAGGAGGAAGAAGCCCGCCGCAUCCGACAAGAGAAACUCGAGCGGUUCCGGCAACAAAGGGCCUCCGUCGCGGCCUCGAUCUGUUCGUCCCUCUGCCCCCGGACGGGAAAGGAUCGAAGCGGACGCUAUCGAGGCACUCCGGGGGGCCGGACUGUCCGGCGCGCGACCAGCUGUGCCGCUGUCGGGAACCUUCACGGGGCGGACCAGGGGCCUAAAACUCGGCCCCACACAGCCUGCAGUCUCUUGUGUCGAGGCGAGGGACACUGGGGCGAAAAACCCAGAGACCACUGCCCCCGAGGCGCGGGCGGCUGUCCCGGGUGCCAGGAGAGCCAGGAAGACGAGCUGCGGGACGCCGUCCCCGGCGUUCUGAGCGUUUUCCCGCCUGUUUCCCCAAGAAGUCUCCUGUACAGGGCGCCUAGGAACUCGCCGAAAAGGGACGCCCCACAGUCGCGAGUUGGGCGCCAGGGGCCCGAGGGGUCCGCGGCGUCGCCGAAACGGAGACAGGGGACUCGGGCGAGUGAGGAGACGCCGGCCGCCCUGCGAGGAGACCUCACUCAAGGCAACGUCGCAAACAUCGACGUCGAGGUCAGGCGAACUCCACAAGGCCCGGUGUGCACCGCGGUGUGGACCAACCCUCCGCCCCGUUCUUCGGCACGGCCGUUUAGCGAGGAGUGUGGCAAAUCGGCGAGGCAUUCAGGGUUUCCGGUCUCUCCGCACCGUCCUCCGGGAACCCCCGGGGUCUGCGUGGGUGAGGGGAGAGAGUGCGAGGCAGGCCCGAAGGGAGAAGCGGGUCGAGCCAGUGGCGGGUUGGGUGUCCGGGCGGAAGCGCAGAGUUCCCCCCGAGACCGGGGAGGGCAAGGCGAGUUCCAAGAUUUCUAUUCGUGCUCGCGUGCCGUUCCAGAAAGCAACAGGCCGAGUGUGAGGACGCAGACGAGGCGACUCGGACCCCCUCCUUCAGGCACGCCCAGUCCCGUUGACGUCCAGGCAGAGCUCAAGCUCUUGGACGAUAUCGCGGCCCAACUCGACUGUCUUGAUGCGACUUUCCCGUGGUCUCUCCCUGUCGACACUUCCAGCUUUCCUUCUCCGCAGUACACGCCUGUGCCGAGGACGAGGAGCCCUUCCCUCAGACAGUCUCCGAAUGCUUUCCCGUCAGGAGCUUUUCGCUUUGCGGACGGGAGAGAGGCUGGCGAGGCCCCACGCAGUGGAGACUGUACAGUCCUUGCCCGUUCGCCGCCUUCUGAUGGCGAAGCUGUCGCAAGCAGCCUCGCUUCCUCUGUGGAGGAGGCAGGGUGUCCUCCGCCUCAACCGGCUUUGCCUCCGGAUGCUUCCCCGGCACGGACCUCGCGGGCGGUGGAGAACGAAGAGACAGGUCUGUCUUCACUGCUGCAGUUCCCCCACUUCCGCGGCGAAGGCGGUCGGGGAACGGCGGUGCUGUCAUGGGCAGCAAGAGAGAACGGAGAAACGGGGACUCGAGUCCCCGCGAAAGGCCGGCAAAGACAGCUGGAACUGAUCCAAGGUCAACUGCAAGAGAUGCAGUGGGAACUGGACAACCACCGGCGGCUCUGCCAGCCUCCGGUCUUCUCCUCCAGCGCGUGUCCGUCAUCCUGUCAGUCUGCCUCAGAUCUUCCACAGCCGGCUUCGUCGGAGAGAGGGUCCGUGGUGCCUGGAGGACUGGGCGAUGGGACUGCGCCGACCGUUCCGGGCUUUUCGGCGUCGCGCCCUGGUUCUGGAGACAGGCCGGACCGCGUCGGCCAUACACUCUCUUCGUCUUCCAGUUUGAGUUCGCUCAUCAGAGAGCAGUCGGAAGCCCUGUUGGGGGACUGCGCAGAUGUCGUCGAGAAGCUGAGGCAGCAGCAAGCGCGCAUGCAACAAGCAUUGCGAGUGCAGUCUUCUGCCGCUUGGCGCCAGCCAGCAACGAGGGGUUCGCAUGCUUUGUACGAGCGGAGCACUGAGUUCUCCCGGCCGGACAAGGAAAACGUGCAUCCGCAAGGUCCAGAGUCCCCCGUUCCUGGGGAAGUGCCGGGCGGCAGAGUGGGAAGAGACCGCACCGCGGGGGCGGAAAAAGAUCGAGACGAAGCAGGGAGACGCCGGACAGGGCCGCCGCGAUCUUUGUUCAGGCGAGAAGACCGAGAGCGACUACCGGGCCUUUCGUACACCCGACCUCGAUUUGCUGCCACUGCAGUGAGUGGCGAACCGAAGCGAAAAUCAGGAAAGGAAACGCUGUCCCAAGGGCCCACGGAAAAGAGAGGAAACGUAGGCGUUCACUGCUUGCAAAGAGGCUCUCCGAGUCCCAAGAGCGCCAGUGGGAGGACCGCGCAGACCGCAGGGAAGAGAGGAGACGGAAACAAAACAAGGGGACGUGUUUCCCAGGAAGUCGCGGCGGCGACAGUUCCUCUGUUGGACACCGAACCUGGCCCAACUACGUUCACGAAAAAGGUGGGAGGCGUGCAAGUGUGCGUGACAGGCUGCGAGGCAAGGGAGACAGGAGAGAAGGGUCGGGUCGUCGCGAUCGACGUUCAGGUUCGGAGGCCAGGGAAGAACGCAGACUGUGUGUUUGAAGACGCGCAGGAGGAGAACAUAAAUCCGCACAGAUCGCUGCCGCUCGUGGUGCUGACGGCUCAGGGUGAAGAUCGAAAGAGAGAAGGGAUGAGGCGCCCCAGCGCGCGCCUCUCGUGA